UCCCUCCUCCUCUCUCUCUCUCGCUCUCUUCUUCACACAAGAAAUCCCUGGGAAUUAAAUGCAAGAAUUUACCACAGUGAUUUCUUCCACUGCCUCUCUGCAUCUCGGCGUCCUGCGGUCGGUCUUCUUCUCUGAUCGGAAUCAGAUCCGAUCUCAACAUCGCUCUCCGGGUCGGGAUGGCUUUGGAGGCAAGCACGAUCGUCGCGCUGACCCUCUUCUUCUCCCUCCUCUGCGCCUGCAUCAUCGUCGGCCAUCUCCUUCGGGAGAACCGGUGGAUGAAUGAGUCCAUCAAUGCCCUCAUCAUCGGUUUACUGGCUGGAGUAGUAGUCUUGGUGGUUAAAAGAGGAAAGAGUUCCCAUAUUCUUGUCUUCAGUGAGGAGCUAUUCUUUAUAUAUCUCCUUCCUCCAAUAAUUUUCAAUGCAGGCUUUCAGGUCAAGAAAAAGCAAUUUUUUCGCAAUUUUUUGACAAUAUUGAUGUUUGGAGCAAUUGGCACAUUUAUUUCGUUUUGCAUAAUAACAAUUGGUUCCUACUUCCUAUUCAGAAUGAUUGUUACAACAACAUUGACAUCAAGGGAUUAUUUAGCCAUAGGCGCCAUAUUCUCAGCCACAGACUCUGUUUGUACUUUACAGGUUCUUAACCAAGACGAAACACCCUUGCUUUACAGCCUUGUAUUUGGGGAAGGAGUAGUGAAUGAUGCGACAUCGAUUGUGCUCUUCAACGCAGUCACAAAGCUUGAUUUCAGUAGCAUUGAUGGUGCUACUGCUUUAAGGCUGUUGGGCAACUUCUUCUAUUUAUUUUUCACCAGCACUAUACUUGGUAUAGCUGCUGGACUUCUCAGUGCUUACAUUAUCAAGACGCUUUAUUUCGGAAGGCAUUCUACAGACCGUGAAGUUGCUAUAAUGAUGUUGAUGGCUUAUCUGUCAUAUAUGUUGGCUGAGCUUUUCGAUCUCAGUGGGAUCAUGACAGUUUUCUUUUGUGGUAUUGUCAUGUCACAUUAUACAUGGCAUAAUGUCACAGAGAGCUCCAGGGUGACAACCAAACACUCAUUUGCUACCAUAUCCUUUAUCGCGGAAACAUUUAUCUUCCUUUACGUUGGUAUGGAUGCUCUAGACAUCGACAAAUGGAAGACAAGCGAAGCCAGCGCAGGCGUUUCGGCUUCGAUUAGUGGCACUUUACUUAUGCUGGUUUUAGUAGCCCGGGCUGCAUUUGUGUAUCCUCUUUCUUUUAUUAGAAACAAAAUGAGAAGAAAAGAAACUGCAACGCUAGAAAUUCGCCAGCAGUUCAUUAUCUGGUGGGCUGGUCUUAUGAGAGGUGCCGUCACCAUGGCUUUGUCAUACAACCACUUUACAACAUCAGGAUCGACUUCGGUUCCCAGUAAUGCUCUUAUGAUCACAAGCACCAUCAUUGUUGUUCUCUUCAGCACAGUGGUUUUUGGGUUGGUAACCAAGCCUUUGAUAAGGAUAUUGCUUCUUCACCCUCAACGGACGCAGCAGGCAAGCACAGCUGAUGAAACCACCAGCUUUGAAGACCUGCGCAGGCUAUUUCUUGAAGAUGGAGAGGAUCCAGACAUGAACAGAGGGCGCCUCUCGAAAAGAAGCAGCCUAAGGCUCUUGCUCCAGGCACCCACAUCUACCGUGCACUACUUCUGGAGAAAGUUCGAUGACGGUUACAUGCGGCCAUUGUUCGGUGGCCGGGGUUUCGUCCCAUUUGUCCCCGGCUCACCCACCGGAGAAGGGGAGGAGAAUCAGGAGAUUGCAUAAGCCCAAGCCGCGGUGAUGCUGCAUCCAAGUUGAUGGAUCAGAUGCUUCAUCGGCUCACCCACCGAAGAAGAGGAGAAUCAGGAAAUUGCAUAAGCCCAACCCGCGGGGAUGCUGCAUCCAAGUUGAUGGAUCAGAUGCUUCAUCAUUGAGUUUAUCGGAGACAUUCCUUCUAUUCUGUACAUAUUCUUUCAUUUUCCUAUGUAAUAAAACACGUCUUCGUUGCUAGCAUCAGAUCCCUGACUGUCCGAAAUAGAUGGCAAGAUAGCAAGCUAAUUAAUGAUUGCAUCAAAACAUUACAA